CCGGAACAAGCGUCACAGUCAUACGUCAUAUCUUUUCGACUCCUAAACAAACCAACGUGCUAGCUAUUCUCAUCAUGGCUUCACUGGAGUGAAGAUAUUUCAUAAGGCAGUUAUUAUAAAAUAAAAAUAUAUGACAUGGACGAAGUCGAAACAGCGGGCUACGUUGUCCCAUGUGCAGUGUGCUCGGCUGUAAACUGGGCUAUUAGCGCUGAUCUGAAAUACUACUGCAAGUCCUGCCACAAUGUUAUUGAUAAAACAGCUGAAGUGGCCGACCACACAUUCUUGGACUAUGCCAACAGAAUCACAGACCUUACCUCUUCUAGGCAACGACGGGUUGUUGAGUACGGGCGGAAGUGGAAAGUGUGUGAAGGUUUCCAGUUCAUCCUGAAACACCAGGCAGAAGCUCUGAUCCUCCUGGGAGUGCACUCACAAUUCAAGGACGACGUGCUGUGUCAGCUGUGGAGGCUGUACCUCCAGAAGAGCCGGCAAGCCUACACCAAGAACCCUCUGAGCUCUAAAGUCCCCCCUGGGGCCAGAGACACGGACACCGACCCCUCAGAUAAUGACACAGGGGCCUCAUCAGCCACUUCUACAGGGGCCCCAUCAGCCACUCCCCCAGGGGCCCCAUCAGCCACUCCCCCAGGGGCCUCAUCAGCCACUCCCACAGGGGCCUCAUCAGCCACUCCUACAGGGGCCCCAUCAGCCACUCCCACAGGGGCCUCAUCAACUACUCCCACAGGGGCCUCAUCAACUACUCCUACAGGGGCCCCAUCAGCCACCUCCACAGGGGCCCCAUCAGCCACUCAGACAGGGGCCCCAUCGGCCAAUGAGAAGGAGGGAGAGCCCUCAGCCAAAGAGGUGGAGGGAGAGCCCUCAGCCAAUGAGACCGAAGGCCAAUCAGCCAAUGAGAUGGAGGGAAGUCCGGGGGGCCUGUCGGCUUUUGACACGGACGGGGGUCCUUCAGCCAGCGACACAGAGGGCCGGCCCUCAGCCAUAUCCUCAACCAGUGGGGCCUCCAGUGAUGAGGACCGGCCCAAGCGCCACAAGGUGUACCCCUCGGGCUCCGAGGACUCUGGGACCUACCUGUCCCUGCGCCUCAGGCGCUCCAACGGGCUGAUGAGCAUGAACAAGACCCUGGCCCUGCUCUACCUGGGCCUGCUGUGGUGCCGCGAGGCCCUCACCCUGGCGGACCUGCUCAGGCUGGUCCGGGAGGGACACCUGCCCUUCAUCAACGCCUUUGAGUGUUUGCCCGAGGAGAUGAAGCUGUUUGGCCGCGACCUGCCCGUCUUCAGAGUCCAGUCCAUCCCCUCCUACCGCACGGUGCACCAGGAGGCGUGUGGCCUGGCGGUGUACAUGAAGCUGCCCUCCUUCCCCCCCGUGGACCUCAAGUGUCUGCAGCACCCCACCCUGCUCACCAUGCGCUACCUGCUGCUCCUCAACCUGCCAGAUCAGCUCCACCCCUGGGUGUGCCGGGUCAUCGCCCUGGUGGGUCUGGACCAGGGGUCUGCCCUGACCUUUGACCCCACAGCCAGGUCGCGCCUCCCCUACUACGACGUGCAGGCGGCGGCGCUCAUCGUGGUCACCCUGAAGAUGGUGUUUGGCGUGGACGACCGCAGCGAAUGGGAUUUGUCCAAUGGAGCAUCUGCUAAGAACAAAGACGAUCCAGACCAGCGUAACUUCAGUAUGAGGCGAUGGUACCGGCUGCUGCAGGCAGCGCUGAUCAGAGCCCGUCGGAGAGAGGAGGACCACACGGCCAGGAUGCAGUGGACAGCCCAGAAGCCCAUUUACCCAUCCUGGGAGAGGAAAGCCUCCUACAUCAAAAAGAGACGGAUGGUGGACCAGCUGCGGACGGCGUUCACCCGGCUCUCCGGCACCCCCGCGGAGCCCAUGCGCCGGCCCCCCUCCAGCUUCAGGUUCCGCUGGGGGGGGGAGGAGGGGGAGGCGGGCUGGGACGGCCCCAGCCUGAGCCACACGGUCCUGGACACCGUGGUGAAGAGACGGCGGGGCGGCGAGACCGCCGUCAACGAGGCCUACUGGCACCCGCCGCUGAAGAAGUGCCAUUCCUGGGCCUGCAGGAGGCACUUUGAGGAGGACCGGGCCACGCUGCCCAGGAUGUACUGCUGGCUCCUGGAGCUCUUCUCCUUCCUGCUGGGGGUGAAGCAGGCGCUGGUCCACGAGGAGGUGCUCCGGGCAGAGCGCCUCCUGCUCGGCAGAACGCAGAGCUCCUCCAAGAGCCGGGGCGGAGAGGAGGAGGAGGAGGAGAGGAGGACGAGGAGGAGGAGGAGCGGGGGGGGAACCAGAAAAACAGGAAGGGCCAACCUCAUCCCUGACCCAGGGAGCAGCAGAAAAAGGAAAGCUUGAUGUGUGCCUUAUUACCAUAGGACAGUAACGACAGAAACAACGCCAUAGCACCACUGUUUUUUGUUUUUUAAACCAAUGUAUUACAGGUCCAUAUGAGAUUGUACAAACUUUUCUUUAUAUAAAAAAAAAGUAUUUUUAUUAACUAACCCUGACUGAUAACCUGCUUUUCCAGAAACCGUCCAUGCAUCGGUAAUUGCUUUCAUCCCUCUUUACAAUUGUUCAUAUUGAAGUUAUUCGACUCUUA